UAUGGCAUCCAAGGCGGCCCCCUCCUGCCGUCUGGUCUUCUGCCUCUUGAUCUCCGCCGCCGUCCUCAGGCCAGGCCUUGGAUGGCAUACCAUAAAUGCAGCAUAUGGAGAUACCAUUAUCAUGCCUUGCCAACUUGAUGUACCUCAGAAUCUCAUGUUUGGAAAGUGGAAAUAUGAAAAACCCAAUGGCUCCCCAGUAUUUAUUGCCUUCAGAUCCUCUACAAAGAAAAGUGUGCAGUAUGACGACGUGCCAGAAUACAAAGACAGAUUGAGCCUCUCAGAAAACUACACUUUGUCUAUCAGUAAUGCAAGGAUCAGUGAUCAGAAGAGAUUUGUGUGCAUGCUAGUAACUGAAGACAACGUGUUUGAGGCACCUACAGUAGUCAAGGUGUUCAAGCAACCGUCUAAACCUGAAAUUGUAAGCAAAGCACCAUUUCUCGAAACAGAGCAGCUAAAAAAGUUGGGUGACUGCAUUUCGAAAGACAGUUAUCCAGUUGGCAACAUCACAUGGUACAGGAAUGGAAAAGUGAUGCAACCCCUUGAAGGAGAGGUGGUCAUAAUUUUUAAAAAGCAAAUGGACCCAGUUACUCAGCUGUAUACCAUGACUUCAUCCCUGGAGUACAAGACAACCAAGGCUGAUAUUCAAAUGCCAUUUACCUGCUCUGUGACAUAUUAUGGACCAUCUGGCCAGAAAACAGUUCAUUCUGAACAAGCGGUCUUUGAUAUUUACUAUCCUACAGAGCAGGUGACAAUACAAGUGCUGUCGCCAAAAAAUGCCAUCAAAGAAGGGGACAACAUCACUCUUAAAUGCUUAGGAAAUGGCAACCCUCCUCCUGAGGAGUUUUUGUUUUACUUACCAGGACAGCCUGAAGGAAUAAGAAGCUCAAAUACUUACACAAUGACAGACCUGAGGCGCAAUGCAACAGGAGACUACAAAUGCUCACUGAUAGACAAAAAAAGCAUGAUUGCUUCAACAGCCAUCACAGUUCACUAUUUGGAUUUGUCCUUAAACCCAAGUGGGGAAGUAACCAAGCAGAUUGGUGAUGCCCUGCCUGUGUCGUGCACAAUAUCUGCUAGUAGGAAUGCGACUGUGGUAUGGAAGAAAGAUAACAUCAAGCUUCAAUCUAGCCCAUCAUUCUCUAGUCUUCAUUAUCAGGAUGCUGGAAACUAUGUCUGCGAAACUGUUCUACAAGAGGUUGAAGGACUAAACAAAAGAGAGUCACUGACUCUCAUUGUAGAAGGAAAACCUCAAAUCAAAAUGACAAAGAAAACUGAUCCCAGUGGACUGUCUAAAACAAUAAUCUGUCACGUGGAAGGUUUUCCUAAGCCAGCUAUACAGUGGACAAUUACCGGCAGCGGAAGCGUCAUAAAUCGAACAGAGGAAUCUCCUUAUAUCAAUGGCAGGUAUUAUAGUAAAAUUAUCAUUUCCCCUGAAGAGAAUGUUACAUUAACUUGCACAGCAGAAAACCAGCUGGAGAGAACAGUAAACUCCUUGAAUGUCUCUGCUAUAAGUAUUCCAGAACACGAUGAGGCAGACGAGAUAAGUGAUGAAAACAGGGAAAAGGUGAAUGACCAGGCAAAACUAAUUGUGGGAAUCGUCGUCGGUCUCCUUCUCGCUGCCCUCGUGGCUGGUAUCGUCUACUGGCUAUACAUGAAGAAAUCGAAGACUGCAUCAAAACAUGUAAACAAGGACCUUGGUAAUAUGGAGGAAAAUAAAAAGUUGGAAGAAAACAAUCACAAAACUGAAGCCUAAGAGAGAAACUGUUCUAGUUGUCCAG